AUGUGGGACAGACUCAAGAUGGUGCCCCAUCACCACACCUCUAGGCGACAAGUCAAUCACCCACUUGACGACGACAGGGUCCGAGUUGGUCUGGGUCUUAGCUCCGGCGGCCUGAAUGCGGCAAAGGGCUACAGUUACUCCAUCAGAGGCGGCCCGGCUCCCCAGCGGCCACCGCGAGAGUUUCUCGAGUCUCGAUACGAAACUGCACCCCGCGUCAAGCAACCGCCUCCCCGCAACCCACGCCGCAUCACCGUCCGCACUUCGAAUCUGCGGCCUACAUCCUCCUUCUACUCGGAAGACCUCCCGCAUCUAGACUCACAAUAUUCAGCAAACCCCGACGCAUGGGCUGCCGACCGCUUCCUGCCGGGCGAUGUCUCCCCGAUAGACGAAGAUGACGCGCCGUCGUACUUGCGCCAUGCAGGGAUUCCAAACACCGAUAGGUCGAGAAAUGGCGGGCCAGGUCGAGCCUUUGCCCCGGAACCUCGCCAGGAGAGCCCACCACAACACCGAGGCCCGACGAGCAUUCCCACGAUGCGCCGCGAACGCCGCCGGCAAUCCGAUGCGGCGACACGAGACGGGAACCAGAACCAGCGAGGACCCCAGCCGCAACAAUCUCAGAACGCGCCCAGCUGUGAAGCCCCCAGGUGGGAUCCGCUCACGGGAGAGCAGACCACUAGCGCACAUGGCCGACCGCCCCAAGUGAAGCCUGCUGAAUUUGCACAGGGGUUGGGUAUUACAUCGCAGUCUUGGGCAUCGCCCCAAAACAGUCCCACGGCGGCACCUACGUCCUUUGGAGACCGCGUGCGGAGGAUAGCAAAGAAGGCUGCAGCUGCAAGGGACGGUACGACGCACCCCGCCGCCCGCGCAUUCACGGCAUCGCGUCCCGGCUGGCGUGGCGCAAGCGGGCGGACCGCCAUCGUGGAACCCGUACAUGAUACACGCGAGGUGCCACCGCUGAGGAUUCCAGAAAAGAGCAGCAGGAGGAACAUUCCGCCUGCAGCUGCGUCCAAGUCCAAUAGUACCCCGGAUGGCCCGGUACGCCGCGGCCAGACCCCCCCAAUCAGCCCACCGCCAUCUGAAACACCUACCAGGUCUGCCCCUCUAGAGGGUAUUAGGAGGAUCUUACCUUUGGCUCAGCCCCCAGCUGCCACACAGACGCCGUCCCAGGCGGGCCAGAGAUAUCCCAGCCCACCUUUGUCUGGAAAGUCAGUAGCGGCGGAUGCGCCAGCUGUCGCCGCCGCUAGGGAGCUUGUGCGGGACGGACAAUAUGUUGCUUCCGUUUAUUCCAGUCCAGGCAUCUACACCCACUCGCCUGACUUGGGCAACCAAAUCCGCCGGAAACCGCCACCAGUGCACACAAACCACCCUCAACACCAACACCAAGUGUCCGUCUCGUCGGUCUACUCCCAACAGUCAGAGGCACUACAGCCGUCGCCCCUGCAGAUUUCAAACACGGCGCGGCCGGCAGUCCCCCCCGAGGAGCCUUACGUCCAACCCCCCUCCCGCUUCAGCGUCACCACCUACGCUACGAGCAACACGGGCACAACCCACGACGAUCUCGACGACCACCAGGACGACGACCAACCGCCCGUCCCGUCCCUCCCCGCCAACCUGCAACAACAACAAUACGGCCGCCCGUCCUCGGACCACAGCCCCGUCACGUCCCCAAUCGACCAGUUCAUGUCUUCCCCUUUCACGCCACCCCUCAACACCACCUCCCGCACCCCGUCCACGGAUCCCGAACACCACCAAACCCAACAAUCACCCCCCUCCAUCACCGCCAUGCCCACCAACCCCGCCCUAGCACGCACCCAAGUCCUCGCCGUCGACCGCCCCUCCUCCCGCGCAAGCACGUCCGACAUGAACAAAUCCCUGCCGCCCGCGCCGCCAGAACAGUCAGCCGACCAGGCGCACGACCGCGUGGGCCUGCUCAACGCGCAGCUGCGGGCGCUUGCGAACCGGCGUAUCAACAUCCACCGGUCGAUUGCGCAAAUGACGGAGCUGAUGCCGACCGACAAGCUGAUGAACUCGGUCGAGGUGGUGCGCAAGCGCGAGGCCGAAAAAAGGAAAGUUGAAGCGCUGCAGCAGGAGCUGGCCGACGUCAGGAGGGAGGAGUAUGAAUUGGGACUGAAGCUGCACCGCGCGUACAAGAGGCUGGAUCGGGAGGCGGAGUGGGAGCCGACUACGCUUUGGGUUAGGAGGGUUACGGGGUAG